AUGGCGUCGUGUGCUCCCACAGCUGCCAGCACACGUGCAAGAGGUGUGUGUGGGGCUACACGUGGGGAGCUGCGCACUGCGGGCGCGUGGAAAGGCGUGCGUGAGGUGGGCGUGGAAGAGGCCUCUGUGGGAAGGGCUGUGUCUGAGGGGGAGUGUGUCCGAACAGCAGCAGUGACCCUAAAAAUACUCCAGCUAAUUAUAGCCCGGUGCCGCAAGUGCUUACUCCUGGGAGUAAGGCAGCCCCUGGAGGGUAGCGAUGCCGCUGGCAUUGCGGAGCUGUGCGAGAGUGGAUCCAGGCAGACGGGCAUUUUUGGAAGGAUAAAGACUUUGAUCCCGGGGAGGCUGUGUCUGGCCUUGCGUGCGGGGAGGGAUGGGGCUGCUCGCGCUGUAGUGGCCGCCCAGGGAUGCAGCUAUUGUACGGUGCGUCAGGAACCAAGCGAAAGCAGCAGCCUGCGGAACCGCCUCAGCCUGGCACUGCGAACAAUUAGACCACAGCUAGCUAAAGAGAAGAUUGAAGGAUGCCAUAUUUGUACAUCCGUCACACCUGGUGAACCUCAAGUGUUCUUGGGAAAAGAUAAGGCCUUCACUUUUGAUUAUGUCUUUAACAUUGAUUCGCAACAAGAAGAGAUCUAUUUACAAUGUAUAGAAAAACUGAUUGAAGGUUGCUUUGAAGGCUAUAAUGCCACUGUCUUUGCUUAUGGCCAAACAGGUGCUGGCAAAACAUACACCAUGGGCACUGGAUUUGAUGUCAACAUAACAGAAGAGGAACAAGGCAUUAUAUCGCGUGCUGUUAAGCAUCUUUUCAGAUGUAUUGAAGAAAAAAAACAAGCUGCUAUUAAACAAGGACUUCCACCUCCAGAUUUUAAAGUGAAUGCACAGUUCUUAGAGCUUUACAAUGAAGAAAUUCUUGAUCUGUUUGAUACUACACGUGAUAUUGAUGCGAAGAAUAAAAAAUCAAAUAUUAAAAUACAUGAAGAUUCAGCGGGAGGAAUUUAUACAGUGGGUGUUACAACCCGAACUGUGAAUGGAGAAUCAGAGAUGAUGCAGUGCUUGAAGCUGGGGGCUUUGUCUCGAACCACUGCCAGCACGCAGAUGAAUGUUCAGAGCUCACGGUCACAUGCUAUCUUCACUAUACACUUAUGUCAAACCAGAGUCUGCCCUGCAUUUAGCACUGAUAAUGCCACCGAUAACAGGAUAAUAUCUGAAUCUUCUGAGAUGAAUGAAUUUGAAACUCUUACGGCCAAAUUCCAUUUUGUUGAUCUAGCGGGAUCUGAAAGGCUAAAGCGAACAGGAGCUACAGGAGAAAGGGCAAAAGAAGGCAUUUCCAUCAACUGUGGACUACUGGCGCUUGGCAAUGUAAUAAGUGCACUAGGAGAUAAAAGUAAGAAGGCAACUCAUGUACCAUACAGAGAUUCAAAGCUUACAAGGCUGCUUCAAGACUCUCUUGGGGGAAACAGUCAAACACUCAUGAUAGCCUGUGUGAGCCCUUCAGAUCGAGAUUUCAUGGAAACCUUGAACACCUUAAAAUAUGCCAAUCGGGCACGGAACAUCAAGAACAAGGUGAUGGUAAAUCAGGAUAGGGCUAGUCAACAAAUAAAUGCUUUGCGCAGUGAGAUUACACGGCUGCAGAUGGAACUCAUGGAAUACAAAACAGGUAAAAGGAUUAUAGAUGAAGAAGGCGUUGAAAGCAUCAAUGACAUGUUUCAUGAAAAUGCAAUGCUGCAAACAGAAAACAACAACCUACGUGUUAGAAUUAAAGCAAUGCAAGAGACAAUUGAUGCACUGAGAGCCAGAAUAACACAACUUAUGAGUGAUCAGGCCAACCAAGUGCUAGCCAGAGCAGGAGAAGGAAAUGAAGAAAUUAGCAACAUGAUUCAUAAUUAUAUCAAGGAAAUUGAAGAUCUCAGAGCAAAAUUAUUAGAAAGUGAAGCAGUGAAUGAAAAUCUUCGACGCAACUUGUCAAGAGCAUCAACAAGAUCUACGUACUUUGGUGGACCAUCAGCAUUUUCUGCUUCUAUGCUUUCUUCAGAGAAAGAGACAAUGGAAAUUCUAGACAUAGCUAAGAAAGAUCUGGAAAAGCUGAAAAAAAAAGAAAGGAAAAAGAAGAAGAGGCUACAGAAACUUGAGGAAAGCAGUCAAGAAGAAAGAAGUGUUAAAGAGGAUAACACAGAUAAUGAGCAGGAGAAGAGAGAUGAAAAAGGCACUUCGGAGAGAGAGAAUAAUGAAUUGGAAGCAGAGGAAGUUCAGGAAGUAAGUGAUCAUGAGGAUGAAGAAGAGGAAGAUGAUGAGGAUGAAGAUGACAUGGAAGUUGUCGAAAGCUCAGAUGAAUCAGAUUCUGACUCUGAUGAAAAAGAAAAUUAUCAGGCUGACUUGGCAAAUAUCACCUGUGAAAUAGCUAUUAAGCAAAAGCUGAUAGAUGAGCUAGAGAACAGCCAGCGAAGGUUGCAAACACUAAAAAGACAAUAUGAAGAGAAACUAAUGAUGCUACAACACAAGAUUCGAGACACUCAGCUUGAAAGAGAUCAAGUUCUUCAAAACCUGGGUUCUGUAGAGACCUAUUCAGAAGAAAAGGCAAAAAAAAUCAAGUCAGAAUAUGAAAAGAAACUCCAAGCCAUGAAUAAAGAACUGCAGAGGCUUCAAACAGCGCAAAAGGAGCAUGCACGAUUGCUUAAAAAUCAGUCUCAAUAUGAAAAGCAACUGAAGAAAUUGCAGCAGGAGGUGACAGAGAUGAAGAAAACCAAGGUUCGCUUGAUGAAACAAAUGAAAGAAGAGCAAGAGAAAGCUAGGAUGACUGAAUCUAGAAGAAACAGAGAGAUUGCACAGCUUAAAAAGGAGCAACGCAAGCGAGAGCAUCAGCUCAAGCUUCUGGAAGCUCAGAAAAGAAAUCAAGAAGUUAUCUUACGUCGCAAAACUGAAGAGGUCACAGCCCUUCGUCGGCAAGUAAGGCCUCUGUCGGAUAAAGUGGCAGGAAAAGUAAGUCGAAAGCUGAGUCUGCCUGAGCAUCCUACACAGGAACCAAGUUCUAGCUCAUCAGUUGAGCAUGAUGGUUCAAGAACAGCAGCACUGCAGAAGAUGAGAAUCCCUGUUGCAAGGGUUCAAGCAUUAUCUGUAACUGCAACAAAUGGAACAGGAAAGAAGUAUCAGCGGAAAGCAGUGACAAGCAGAAUUUACUCCUCAAGGGCAGCCAGGAUGAAGUGGCAGUUACUCGAACGCAGAGUGACUGAUAUCAUUAUGCAGAGGAUGACCAUUUCCAAUAUGGAGGCAGAUAUGAACAGGUUACUUACGCAACGUGAAGAACUUACAAAAAGAAGAGAGAAGCUUUCAAAGAAAAGGGAGAAGCUCAUCAAGGACGGAGGUGGAAGUGAAGCAGAUAGAAAUGUCCAAAACAUAAAUGAAGAGGUGGAGUCACUAACUGCAAAUAUAGACUACAUUAAUGACAGCAUUUCUGACUGCCAAGCAAAUAUUAUGCAAAUGGAAGAAGCAAAGGAAGAAGGUGAGACCUUGGAUGUAACAGCAGUGAUUAAUGCUUGCACUUUGACAGAAGCUCGAUAUUUGCUUGACCACUUCCUCACGAUGGGUAUCAAUAAGGGUCUCCAAGCAGCCCAGAAAGAAGCUCAGAUUAAAGUUCUUGAGGGACGUCUUAAGCAGACAGAAAUUACAAGUGCUACUCAAAACCAACUGCUGUUUCAUAUGCUAAAAGAAAAAGCUGAGUUAAAUCCUGAACUUGAUGCUUUGCUGGGUCAUGCUUUACAAGACCUAGAUAGCAUACCGUUGGAAAAUUUGGAAGAUAGUACUGAUGAGGAUGCCCCAUUGCAUAGUCCUGGGACGGAAGGAAGUUCAUUAUCUUCAGAUCUUUUGAAGCUUUGUGGUGAAGUCAAACCCAAAAGCAAGGCCCGCCGGAGGACCACUACCCAGAUGGAAUUGCUGUAUGCAGACAGCAGCGAUUUAGUCUCUGACACUAGUGCUGCAGACUCUGCUUUGGCUGGUCCUCUUCCAUCAGUUGCAGAAACCCAACAAAGUGGGAUGGCUGCUGACACAAAUGAUACUUCUGCUAGGGACAGAGAGUUUAUUCCCCCACCAUCUGGCUUACCUUCUAAGAUAGGUGGCAUCUCUAGACAGCCAUCUCUGUCAGAGAAGAAGAUACCUGAGCCUUCACCUUUAGCAAAGAGAAAAGCCUAUGAGAAAACCAUGGAAAAGACAAAGGGAAAAGAACAAAAACUCUCAGAUUCUGGAGCCCCAGAGGCUAGUCUGUCACCUCCUACUUCCCCACCAAGCCGGCCCCGUAAUGNUCUUUCUCCUCACAAUUCCACCACUGUUGAUUGUAGGUCUGAUGAAAGUGAUUCCUCUCUGUCGGAGGUACACAGGGGGAUAAUUAACCCGUUCCCUGCUUCAAAAUGCAUCAGAUCAUCCCUGCUUCAGUGUAUCUAUACAGCUGAAGGACACGCCAAGGCUGUGCUUUGUGUUGAUGCAACUGAUGAUCUUCUCUUCACUGGAUCUAAAGAUCGUACCUGUAAAGUCUGGAAUCUGGUAACUGGACAAGAGAUUAUGUCUCUGGGGGGUCAUCCAAAUAAUGUUGUUUCUAUAAAAUAUUGCAACUACACUAGCCUGGUCUUCACAGUCUCAACCUCCUAUAUCAAGGUGUGGGACAUCAGAGAUUCUGCUAAGUGUGUUCGGACACUGACGUCUUCGGGCCAGGCGAUGCCUGGUGAUGUGUGUUCAGGAAGUACUAACAGAACAGUCACUAUCCCAGCUGGAGAGAACCAGAUCAAUCAGAUUGCACUAAAUCCAACCGGCACAUUCCUCUAUGCAGCUGCUGGAAACUCAGUGAGGAUGUGGGACCUGAAAAGAUUUCAGUCUACAGGAAAGCUAACUGGUCACCAGGGUCCUGUUAUGUGCCUUACUGUAGAAAGAAUUUCCAAUGGACAAGAUCUUAUUGUCACUGGUUCAAAGGAUCAUUAUAUAAAGAUGUUUGAUGUGACUGAAGGGGCUCUUGGAAGUGUAAGUCCUACACACAAUUUUGAACCUCCUCAUUAUGAUGGCAUUGAAGCACUUGCUAUUAUGGGAGACAACCUUUUUAGCGGAUCCAGAGAUAAUGGACUUAAGAAAUGGGAUUUGGCUCAAAAAGACCUUCUUCAGCAAGUUCCUAAUGCUCAUAAAGACUGGGUGUGUGCUCUUGGCCUGGUGCCUGAUGCUCCAGUUCUGCUCAGCGGCUGCAGAGGAGGCACCCUCAAGCUCUGGAAUGUGGAUACCUUCGCGCCCAUUGGGGAGAUGAAGGGACACGACAGCCCGAUAAAUGCAAUCUGUACCAACGCCAGCCAGAUUUUCACAGCAUCAGAUGACCGGACUGUGAGGAUCUGGAAAGCUCGAAAUGUAAUAGAUGGACAGAUCUCAGAUACAGGAGAUGCAAGUGAAGACCUUGCCAGUAAUUGAAAUGAUGGGGAUCAAUGAAUAUAUUGAUGAUUUUGAGGUGCACUCUAUGCAGUUUGCUGCAUGCUUAUUAGGUAGACACUGAUGACUGGAAUGAACUCACAAAUAAAUAAGAGUGAACUCUUCUACUAGACCUGCUGUCCUUAAAAUAUGUACUGUAUUUAAGAAAAAAAUAACCUCUUGGUAACAUGCUUGUGUCUCAGUGAUCACAUAUGUAUGUCUAUUAUGGCUGAAUUUGUGUGCAUAUGUAACACUUGCGGAUUAAAUUAACUGGAAAUCAGUCUUCUGUAACGACCAUCUCAAAAUUACAACCUGGAAUGUAUAACAGAAGUGCUCUGCUCUGUUUCACUCACAAGUAUGAUCAGCUGUUUUGCAUUUUAGGGUAGCAGGGGAAUGAUGAUGUCCCAGUAACAAGCCUUUGAUUAUGGCAGGCAGUUUCAGGAUUCUAAAGGUCGCUCACACUGUUGUUAGGAAAGUGGAGUGAAUAAAAGAUGGGAAGAAGCUGUUAAUGACACAUCUAUCUGACAUGGCUGUCUCCUGCUAACACAGAAUGCCGUAUGAUUUGUGUUAAUGUUAGCAUAUAAUCCUUGUUGACCAAAGUUGUGCAGCUAUGUAUACUCUGUGCUCAGGACUAGAACCCAAACGCUCGUGAACUGGUAUGUUCUAUUAGUGUUUUGCCUAUAUUCUGUAAUGACUAGGUGUUCUUAAUGUCAUGACAGAAAUAGAUCUUAAUCUAUUUUUCUUAUGCAUUUGUUUCUAUCAUCUCACUUUUUCUUUUUUAAAGCAAAAUGUCUUUCCUUUUUAUCUAAUUUUAUAUGCUGCUAAAUGUAUUUUAAAUACACUGUUUUGCAAACCUUGGCAGUUACUCUGAGAACUGAACCACGUGUAUUGGAAAAAGCUAUGUAAAUAGAUGGUUGUACAAAGAAAAUAUCUUAUCUUGUGCCUGUAUGACUUUUGAAGCUCUUAGAAUGUGGAUAUUGAGGGAGGAUGUAUAAUUUACCCAACUGCUCUGAACAUUAAUUUGUAAAUUCUGCAAACUUAAAAAAAAAUUAUGUAGAUUCAGAUACAGUGUUUGGAUACUGAGGUUUUUUUGGUGGUUUGUUGUUUUGGUUUUUUUUUUCCCCCUGAAAAUAUCAGUCUGUAAAUUAUAGCUUAUGUAGGUAACAUUUAAAUAAAGAUGUGAAUGUGAACU